CUGCAUAUAAGCGUUGGAGAAGGUGCAAACAGGUGAGCUUAAUGAGGAGGAGGCUUUAGGACAAACCAGAAAGGUACUCUUUGACCAUUACAUCUUCAAUUUCUACCAACUUUCAGCUCACUUCAAUCCACACCAUUCACGUCCAAACUUUCCUCACAAACAACGACCAUCAUGUCUAACCCUGGUGCAAUCCCCACUUCUACUCAAGUCGUUGAGAGCGCCGUCAUCAACGCUCCUCUCAGCAAGGUCUGGCACCACAUCAAGCUCCAGAACUUCAGCGACUUCUGGUCCGCCCUGAAGAACAGCGAGUUCGUUAAGUCUCAGGAGGAGACCGACGUUGUCAAAUGGACUUUCACCGACGGUACUGAGCUUGAGGUCAAGCAAGAGGAGCACAGCACCAUCAACCACUUCAUCACCUACAGUGUUAUCACUGCCAAGCCUGAGCUCACUUACAGCAGUGUUGUCAGCACCAUCCGCCUCUACCCUGUUACCUCGGGUUCCCAGGAGGGUAGCACCUUUAUUGAGUGGUCUGGUAACUUCUCCAGCGACGCUGAUGCCGGUGUUAUCCAGGACGCCAAGUUCAAGCGCCGCGAUGCCCUUGCAGACCUUGCCAAGGCCGCUGGCAAGCAGUAGGCUUAGGCUUUGCGAAGUUUGAAUAGGCGUGGAUGUGUGCAAAAUGUCGGUUGAAUUGAGGUUGGAAAAUAUUCGGCUAUCCAAAAAUAGUGUCGUAGCCUAUCUGAUGGCCCUGUUAGGUACGGAAUCCAGAACCGACAACGGAUUAAUAAGAUAUACCAUGAAGCAUGCAAUGUAUGCCUUCCGUGCUAGCGAGAUUCUUCGGUUCCCUACGACACUCUGAUAAUCACACUGUCACCAAUCACUAUCGGUCUGACCAGAUCGACUAUUUGAUGAGCGACGAGGCUGUUCCUAUCCUGACCUACUAAGCCAAUCG